AUGCUGCUCCCCGGACGCAGGCCCCGGGCCCUCGCCGCCCUCUGCCUCUGCGCCGUGGUCCUGGCCUGUGCUGUGGAAUGCCGGCGACAAGUGCCUGCAGGCACCCCGAGCCCCCCGUCCAGCCAGGCAAGUAGUUCCUGGAGCCUGGUGAGCCAAAAGGUGAAGGAGCUGGUGGAGCCGCUGGUGACAAGGACCAGAGAGAAGUUGCAGUGGUUCCAGGUCCCCCCGGCCUUCCGGGGCUAUGUGCAGACCUACUAUGAGGACCACCUGAAGGACCUGGGCCCCCGCGCCCAGGCCUGGCUCCAAAGCUCCAAGGACAGCCUCCUGAACAAGGCCCACAACCUGUGUCCCCAACUUCUCUGUGGGGAGAGGGACCAGGGUUAA